AUGGGCUACUACGAGCAGAAGGAUAUACAUUCUGAGGUGUCUACAGUUCGUGAAGGUUUGACAUUCAGCGUCAAGACGCCCUCAUUUCGGAUGAUGGACUCGCUCGGUGGAGGAGAUGAAGCGUGCGACAAUCGGAGUGCAACUGAGCCUAGUUUCAUUUUCCUGGAUGAGUCAACGAAUGGCUUGGAUGCUCACUCUGAGCGUUCAUCUACCAUGGCAAAUUCAAGAUGA